AUGAUCAACAUCGAUGGCGACCUCGUGGACGCUGGACGUCUCGAGGCCCGUCAAUCAGGAGGAAAGAUUCCUGUUACUGGAGUCACUGGAAACGGUGUUCAACCUAGAAUGGAACUUCGUGUUAUGCAGCAACAGUAUCCCGACAUGUUCAAUGUCUUCCUUCUCGGUCUUCGCAGCUUCAUGCAAGUGAGCCAGUCGGACCCUCUCUCAUACUAUCAGAUUGCCGGUAUCCACGGAAGACCUUACGUUCCUUGGGAUAACAUUGGCACUGCUCCUGGAUAUGGCGGUGGUUACUGCACUCACACUUCUAACAUGUUCCUGCCGUGGCACCGACCUUACCUGGCUCUUAUCGAGCAAGAGCUCUACAAGCACGUUCAACAGGCUGCACAAUCUUUCCCCGCUGGUGCUACCAGAGACAAGUACGUUGCCGCAGCUCAAAAUUGGCGUUACCCUUACUGGGACUGGGCUGUAACACCCUGCAACGGAUGCUCGACCUUCCCCACUCAAUUGAGCAACCAAUGGGCCACUGUCACCACUCCUACUGGUGUGCAGACGAUUGCCAACCCUCUUUUCCGUUAUGAUUUCCACCCUGUCUCGGUCUCUGACAUGGUCUACAAUCCCUUUGCAUCCUGGGACGUUACCAAAAGAUACCCUACUUCGUGGGAUAACUCCGCAAGCAGUCAAAACAACUUGCUCAACGGUAUCUUCGCCAACAGUCAGGUGAACUUCCGCGACCGUCUGUACAACCUUUUCACCAACUACAACAACUUCCAUCAAUUUGGUGACUCGGCAUGGAUCACUGCUAGCUCGACCAAUGCCGACAGUCUUGAGUCGAUCCACGAUGGUAUUCACUCGAGUGUUGGUAACAACGGACACAUGACCUACCUCGACUACGCUGCUUUUGACCCUGUGUUCUGGUUGCAUCACGUUAUGGUCGACCGCAGUUUCGCAUUGUGGCAGACUAUCCACACUGACAGCUAUGUUCAACCUCUCGCAGCAGUCGGCAGCACAUUCACCUACCCUGCCGGAACAGUCAACGAUGUGAACUCACCUCUUACCCCCUUCUUCAAGGAUACGGCCGGCACUAACUGGACUUCGUCUGAUGUGCGCGACUGCACUAAACUUGGUUACACCUACCCCGAGCUUCAGAACGGUGCUACUGCUUCUAGCGUUCGUGCAGCUAUCAACAAGCUCUACGGAAAGAACUCUUCUCCUGUCGAUCUUUCUGCAAGCAUCGAUCGUGACAAUAUGACUGGCGCACCGUACUCGAACAUGACCGUCGGCACAAACAGUACCGACGAUUACCACCACGAGUACAUCUGCAACGUUGUGUCGCAGAAAUUCGCCAUGAACGGAUCAUACGCCGUCUAUGUCUUCCUGGGUAAUGUUUCCUCCAACUCUACUGAGGAACUCCAACUCUCGCGCAACCUUGUCGGUACUUACUCUGUCUUCUCCAACAUGCCCUCCGAUGACAACCACAUGGCAAACAUGGAUCUCAAGAUCACUGGUACCGUUCCCUUGACCACCGCUCUCCUUGCCAAGCAACAGAGUGGAGAGUUGAGCAGUAUGCGCCCAGUCCACGUCGAGCCAUACCUUCGUAAGAACCUUCAGUGGAGAGUGGCCAAGUACAAUGGAGGAGAAGUUGCUGUUGCAGAUGUACCCGAUCUUUCGCUUAACGUUGUAUCGUCUCCCAUCGUACCUGCUGCCGAUGAAACCGAGUUCCCUCAGUGGGGAGCUUUCACUGCUCUCACCAGUGUGACUGCAGGCAAGCCUGGUGGUUACAGCGCUGAGUACUGGCAAUGCCCUGAGGAUGGCUCAUCUUUCGAGAAUGGCUACAUCCGCCCCGCCACUCUCCCUGCUACAUCGCCUGCAACCAGCGCGUCCAGCGCCUCCAGCGCCAGCAGCCCUUACGGUAAUGGUACCGAUGUCUCGCCAGUUGCUCCUCAGGGUACUGCAGCUGGUACUGGGUCAGUAAACCCUAUGUCACCCACAACCUACACCGGCUCUGCCAGCAUCAUGAGCUUUUCUGGUUAUGCCGUCGUUAUGGCAGCCGCAGCUCUUCUCAUCUAG